CAUCAAGAAUCUGCAGUUGAGACCAGUCGAGUAAUUAAUUUAGCAAAGACUCCUCCAUCUUCGCUCCUAUGUCUGGCGUGUAAAAACCCUAACUACCUCACUCUCUUAUCUUUAUCUCUCUCUCUCUCACACCCACAUUUAUACUGUUGAUCACAUGGGUUCUCAGAUUUAAAUGAAAGGGACUGUUGCUGAUUGAAUCACACUGUUCUUGUUUUGCUUGGGAAGUGGAUCAGUAAAGAUGAUGAGGAUUGUUGAGUCUGUUUUUACGAUGAUGAUUCUACUUGGUCUUUUGGUGUCUGUGAAAUCAGAGGUUUAUAUUGUAACCAUAGAAGGAGAGCCUGUGAUUAGUUACAAAGGCGGUGUUAAUGGUUUUGAAGCCACUGCUGUUGAAUCUGAUGAGAAGCUUGAUGUCACCAGUGAUUUGGUUAUAUCGUACUCCGAUCACCUUGAACAAAGGCACGAUACGCUUCUUGAAACAUUGUUCGAUGAUGGUUCCUACAAGAAGCUAUACAGCUAUAAACAUCUUAUCAACGGUUUUGCGGUUCAUGUUUCUCCGGAACAGGCAGAAACGCUUAGGCGCACCCCAGGUGUGAAAUCCGUGGAUAGAGAUUGGAAGGUGAGGAAACUCACCACACACACCCCAGAAUUUUUGGGGCUGCCCACCGGAGUUUGGCCAACUGGAGGUGGAUUUGACCGAGCUGGAGAGGAAAUUGUGAUUGGAUUCGUGGAUUCAGGUAUUUUCCCACACCAUCCAAGCUUUGAAAAUCAGAAUACAGAACCAUAUGGCCCUCUUCCAAAAUAUAGAGGGAAAUGUGAGGUCGAUCCUGAUACAAAGAAGAGUUUCUGCAAUGGAAAGAUAGUUGGUGCCCAGCAUUUUGCAGCCGCGGCCACAGCGGCCGGUGCUUUUAAUCCUUCAGUUGAUUUUGCUUCUCCUCUUGAUGGCGAUGGACAUGGAAGUCACACUGCAGCUAUUGCUGCGGGAAAUAACGGGAUCCCUGUUCAAGUGCAAGGAUAUGAGUUUGGAAAAGCAAGUGGAAUGGCUCCCCGUGCUAGGAUUGCUGUUUACAAGGCACUCUACCGGAACUUUGGAGGAUUUGUUGCUGAUGUCGUUGCUGCCAUCGAUCAGGCUGUUUAUGAUGGUGUUGACAUUCUGAAUCUCUCGGUUGGGCCUAACAGUCCACCUGCCACCACGAAGACCACAUUUUUAAACCCUUUUGACGCUACACUUCUUUCGGCCGUCAAAGCUGGAGUUUUUGUUGCACAAGCUUCCGGAAAUGGAGGUCCGUCAGCCAAAACUGUAGUGUCUUACAGUCCAUGGAUCGCAUCUGUAGCUGCUGCUGUUGAUGAUCGCCGAUACAAAAACCAUUUGAUGCUAGGAAAUGGAAAGAUUCUAGCUGGAACCGGUUUAUCAUCGGCUACGAGUCCAAAUAAAAAAUAUACGCUGGUUGCGGCUAACGAUGUCCUGUUGGAUUCUUCGGUUGUGAAGUUUAGUCCAUCAGACUGCCAGAGGCCUGAAGUUUUAAAUGGAAAUAUGGUGAAAGGAAACAUCCUUCUGUGUGGUUAUUCUUUCAAUUUUGUCAGUGGUUCGGCAUCAAUUAAAAAAGUUGCUGAAACAGCAAAGAGCCUUGGUGCAAUUGGCUUUGUUCUUGCUGUAGAAAAUGCAUCUCCUGGAGCGAAAUUUGAUCCUGUACCUGUUGCCCUACCUGGGAUUCUCAUCACCGAUGUUAGCAACUCAAUGGAGCUUAUAGACUAUUACAACGUCUCUACUUCAAGGGAUUGGACUGGACGAGUAAAGAGUUUCAAGGCAUUAGGAAGCAUUGGAAAUGGUUUGGAGCCUAUACUUCACAAAUCAGCACCAAUGGUGGCAUUGUUCUCUUCUCGAGGCCCGAAUAUAAAAGAUUACAAAUUUCAAGAUGCGGAUCUUCUAAAACCAGAUAUUCUGGCACCUGGUUCUUUGAUUUGGGCUUCUUGGUCUCCUAACGGAACUGAUGAGGCUAAUUACGUAGGAGAAAACUUUGCUAUGAUCUCCGGAACUAGCAUGGCUGCACCCCAUAUAGCUGGCAUUGCAGCUCUUAUAAAGCAAAAGCAUCCUCAUUGGAGUCCUGCGGCUAUUAAGUCGGCCUUAAUGACAACAUCAAAUACUCUUGACCGAGGCGAGAGACCGAUUCUAGCCCAACAAUAUUCUGGUUCUGAAACCAUGACUUUUGUCCCAGCCACGCCUUUUGAUUAUGGAAGUGGCCAUGUUAACCCACGAGCUGCUCUAGAUCCUGGCCUCGUGUUUGAUGCAGGUUACGAAGACUAUCUGGGAUUCUUGUGCACAACACCUGGAAUCGACUCCCACGAGAUAGGAAACUACACACAUCGACCUUGCAACUACACACUUGGCCAUCCAUACAAUCUAAAUUAUCCGUCCAUCACAGUUGCCUACCUCGUGGGAACUCAAACCGUCACAAGAACAGUCACAAACAUGGACGAAGAAGAGACCUACACAAUCACUGCUCGAAUGGCACCAGCCAUAGCCAUUGAAACAAGCCCUCCAGCAAUGACUGUUGGACCAGGUGCAUCCCAAAAGUUCACCGUAACCCUCACCGUCCGAUCAGCCAUUGGGACCUACAGUUUCGGAGAGGUCUUGUUGAAAGGAAGCAGAGGUCACAAGGUCCGGCUGCCGGUUGUAGCCAUGGGCUAUGAUCGCUAGUUUGGACUCGUCACCAUAUAUAUGAUGGUAUUAUAUUCUUUAUAAAACCUUUGGAAAUCAAAUAAGGGAUGUAAAGAGAAAGUAGUACAGGGGGAGAGGCUAGCUGCUGCUGCUGGUUUCUUCUGUUACUAUUAAGUUUUGCUGCUGCUGCUGAAGUUCAGCUUGUGCAGGUUGUACUGUAUGCUUCCUUGUACGUAUGUUGGUCGGAAAAAAUGGCGAAAAGUGUGGUUGGGCGAAGUCGGGGGUGGAGGAAGGCAUUUGGUUCAUUAGUUUUGAAGGAUUUUUGAGUUUGUAAGUGAGACUAAAUGUAUCCUAUAAACAAUAUGUUUUAUGCUGUUGAUGUAAAUGAGAGUGAAAAUAGAUGGUUGUUUAACACUA